AGCCGCGUUGCCCUAAUGUCUUUAUGGCCGACGACUAUGUAUAAUUAUAACACCAUGGCCUUCGAAUUGUCUCCUAUCAUAUCAAUUGACCGAGCAAAGAAGAGAAACAAUGGUGGCAGGUCUUUUCGUUGCCCUCUUGGGCCUUUCAACUCCCCUGGUAUCAGCUCUCGCGCCAGGCCUUGAACUCGCCUACUCCCUGAACCGUGCGACUCAGGGUAUCAGCAUCUCGUCCGACGGCCGCAAGUUCCUCUCGCAGCGCUACUCCACGAGUGACCCGCCCCAGGCCGUCGAGCUGCUCAGUGACAACUCGACCAGACUCUACCCGAAUGCUGCGUGGAACUCUUACAACUCCAGCAACUCGGACUCGAACCCUCGACGGACGUUUGUCGGCAUCGACGGCGCGCGCAUUGGACCUGAUGGACGAUACUGGCUGGUUGAUGGUGGCUCACAGGGGGUUAACGGCUCUUCCAAGCUGGUUGGUGUGAACUUGACGACCGACGCCGUUGAUAAGCUCUAUUAUCUUGAUAGCAUCAUCGCAUCGAGCAGCGGCAUUGAUGAUGUGCGGUUCAAUGCGGCUGGUGAUGUUGCCUAUCUCAGUGACACGGCUGGUGCGCUGUUGGUGCUGAACAUGACGACUGGCCAUGGCAAGCGCGUGCUUGCUAAUGACGACUCGGCCACGGCUUGGUAUCCCAUGAUGUACAAUGGCACGCUGGUUCCCGGAUACGGUCCCUCUGGAAGUACGCUUCAGGUUGGUCUGGACCAGAUCGAGGUUUCCCCCGAUGGCGUCUACCUGUACUACCAACCCUGCAACGGUGGCCUCUACCGCGUCAAGACUGCCUAUGUCGAUGCAACCCUGACGAACACCACCAUGGCAGCAACUCUUGGAGACUACGCUGAGCCCUUCGCGCUCACACCCAGCACUGGCGGUACCACGAUUGACGCCAACGGCAACAUCUACGUUAGUGAUACCAACUUGCUCGCCAUCUGGAAGGUCACCCCUGAAGGACGCGCGACGAUGCUUGUCCAAGAUGAUGCUUUGCUCUGGACUGAUCUCAUGUGGGUCACGGCUGAUAAGAAGCUCUGGCUUCCUGCCUCGCAGAUGCGUCCUGGUGCGAAUGGCCUUAUGGCAAAGGGUCCCAACUAUAUCUUUACUUAUCCUAUCGAAGCGGGCCCUGCGCCUAUUGAUCAUGCUUAGGCGGCUAUUGUGACUGUUGCGGGAGGGCUCUGGUCUUGCUUUGUACAUUGAACCACAACUUCAUGUAUAACUAGAUUUAUGACAGUUCUUAUAUUAUCUUAUAUAGUCUAAGUAUCUCAAAAGUCCAGUCUGAAGAGAUUAAUACAUACACCGAG